GAGAUCUCAGCCCGGUCCCUGCUUGGCUGAUGAGGAUACUGUGGGCCAGCGACCGGAAGUGACGUGACCACCACCAGCCAAGGGCCAGUUGGGCCUUUAUCUGGGCUCUCUGCUCUGUAGGUGUUGGUGACCCCAGCCAGGACCAUGGGCAGCAACAAGAGCAAGCCCAAGGAGGCCAGCCAGCGGCGCCGCAGCCUGGAGCCCACCGAGAAUGCCCACGGACCGGGCAGCGCCUUCCCCGCCACACAGACCCCCUGCAAGCCUUCCGCCGACAGCCACCGCGGCCCCAAUGCCACCUUCACCCCGGCAGCUGCUGAGCCCAAGCUAUUUGGGGGCUUCAACUCUUCGGACACCGUCACCUCCCCACAGAGGGCAGGGCCUCUGGCUGGGGGUGUGACUACCUUCGUGGCACUCUAUGACUACGAGUCCAGAACAGAGACUGACCUGUCCUUCAAGAAAGGAGAGCGGCUCCAGAUUGUCAACAACACGAGGAAAGUGGAUGUCAGCCAGACCUGGUUCACAUUCAGAUGGCUGCAAAGAGAGGGGGACUGGUGGCUGGCCCACUCGCUCAGCACCGGGCAGACCGGCUACAUCCCCAGCAACUACGUGGCACCCUCUGACUCCAUCCAGGCUGAAGAAUGGUACUUUGGCAAGAUCACCAGACGGGAGUCAGAGAGGUUGUUGCUCAACUCGGAGAACCCCAGAGGUACUUUCCUGGUUCGUGAAAGUGAGACCACGAAAGGCGCCUACUGCUUGUCUGUGUCCGACUUCGACAAUGCCAAGGGCCUCAACGUGAAGCACUAUAAGAUACGUAAACUGGACAGUGGCGGCUUCUACAUCACCUCCCGCACCCAGUUCAGCAGCCUGCAGCAGCUGGUGGCCUACUACUCCAAACAUGCUGACGGCUUGUGCCACCGACUCACCACCGUGUGCCCCACGUCCAAGCCACAGACACAAGGCCUGGCCAAGGACGCCUGGGAGAUCCCCCGGGAGUCGCUGCGGCUGGAAGUCAAACUGGGCCAGGGUUGCUUCGGAGAGGUGUGGAUGGGAACGUGGAAUGGCACAACCCGGGUGGCCAUCAAGACCCUGAAGCCGGGCACUAUGUCCCCGGAGGCCUUCUUGCAGGAAGCGCAGGUCAUGAAGAAGCUGCGGCACGAGAAGCUGGUACAGUUGUAUGCGGUGGUGUCCGAGGAGCCCAUCUACAUUGUCACCGAGUACAUGAGCAAAGGGAGCUUGCUGGACUUCCUUAAGGGCGAGACGGGCAAGUACCUGCGGCUUCCUCAGCUGGUGGACAUGGCUGCACAGAUUGCCUCUGGCAUGGCGUAUGUGGAGCGGAUGAACUACGUGCACCGGGACCUCCGUGCCGCCAACAUCCUGGUGGGCGAGAACCUCGUGUGCAAAGUAGCCGACUUCGGACUGGCACGGCUCAUCGAAGACAAUGAGUACACAGCCCGGCAAGGUGCCAAGUUUCCCAUCAAGUGGACAGCGCCUGAAGCCGCCCUCUAUGGCCGAUUCACCAUCAAGUCGGAUGUGUGGUCAUUCGGCAUCCUUCUGACUGAGCUCACCACCAAAGGCCGAGUACCCUACCCAGGGAUGGUGAACCGGGAAGUGCUGGACCAGGUGGAACGUGGCUACCGCAUGCCAUGCCCACCCGAGUGCCCCGAGUCCCUGCACGACCUCAUGUGCCAGUGCUGGCGGAAGGAGCCAGAGGAACGGCCCACCUUCGAGUACCUGCAGGCCUUCCUGGAGGAUUACUUCACGUCCACCGAGCCCCAGUACCAGCCUGGCGAGAACUUAUAGGGUGCAGCUGCAUGGCCGGACUGACAUCUCGGCACCCCCGGGGUCGGUGACCUCUGCCAUGGGGCUCGUCACCUGUGCCUGCCACUGAGCCUCUUGGAGGGACAUGGAAGGCCCAGGCCUGGGGCAGCCUGUGAGGGUGGGGCCUGAGGCUGACAAGGGGUCGUGACCAGCACCUCUUCAGCCACCUGCCUCCUCCCUGCUGCCCCUUCUGGAGCCCUGAGCCCUGCAUCACAGGAAGAACUGCAAAGAAGGGUUGGACAGAGGCAUCCCUUCGCCAUCGGCCCACUGAGCAUGGCUACCCCCAUGCUCAGGAGUGGAGAGAGCUCUACCCUGGCUGUCUCCAGAGGUGGGAGGUGCCCUCGUAGUCUACCCCACCGCCUGCCCCAUGUCAGCAGGUCUUAAAUAUCUGUGGGUGGGAAUCCUGGGGUUCCAGAGUCUAGACCUGAUGAUGGUGGGCGGAAUGGGAGCCCCCUUAUACUCUGUCCUUUCUGGACCCCAGAGAUUGUCAGGCUUCAGAAAGUCCUUGUUCAUUUAUGGCCCAUUUAUGGCCUAAGAGGUGGGUGGUGUGACUUGUCCAGGGUCCCAGGGUGGGUGGCAGCUUGGGGUUCAGGUUGGAUUGGAAGCUGCUGCUCUCUCUGUCUUCCUCAGGAACCCCCAUGAUGAUCCCUGGAGACAUUACAAGCCUGGGGGGUGCAGAGAGCCCAGAGCCACCCCUCCAAUAGAGCUGUUUAUUUGGGGGUCCAGGGAGACAUUGCUGAUCCCUGACAGAGUGGGAAUGAGGGUAUCUGGGGAGGGGUCCUACUUUAUGCUGAAGGUGUGCAUUUUUGGACUGGGGGAGGGUCCAGGCAACCUUGGGGCAAAGUAACCCCCAGCUCCAGGCACAUGAGCAGAUUCCCGAGACCCAGGUGGUGGGAGGCCCUUGCCCCUUGGGCACCCACUCCUCCCCUCACCAUUUGUCCAUGUCAUUUCCAUGCUCUCCUGCUGGCCCCUUCCCAUCCCAUCCCCAGCUCAUGAGUAGAAUGGGCUGCCUAGUUCAGGGAGAGGAGAGGAUAUUGGAUUCCCAGGACAGACUUGUGACCCUGGAUGACCUCAGCUUCCUCUCUGGACUUGGGGUCUCUGCACCCCCUCUAGUG